AUGUCUAGGCUACUCUUCGACAACAUCAUGGACUCUGCUCUCCUCUCAGUCGUUACGCUGGUCGUUGUUUUCGCCUCCUCCUCCUCCUACUCUCUGUCCUCCUCCGACGUCGUUCCCUCUCCUUCCUUCAUUCUACCGUUUACCGACUGUAUCCAGAGCCGCGGGAGAGACGGGUUCUACCAAGGGGCUGUGGACGUGACGGAGUCCGGUGCGGUGUGUAUGAGGUGGAGCGAGGUAGCGGGGUUUGAGGAGCGUUAUCCGGGUAAAGGGUUGGGGGAUCAUAACCGCUGUCGGAACCCGGACAACAGGAUCAGACCCUGGUGUUUCUUCAGGAACAGCCGCGGCAGAACCGACUGGGGCUACUGCGACUGUAAACAAGGGUCAGUGCGCCUGCAGGGCGGCCGCUCUAAGCUGGAUGGCAGGGUGGAGGUGUAUCUUCAGGGGGUCUGGGGGUCUGUCUGUAGUGAUGACUGGGGAGACCAGGACGCUAAUGUUGUCUGCAGACAGCUGGGACAGGGUUUCUCUGGGCGAGCACGCUCCUCCGCCCUAUCUCCUCGAGGGGGUGUGGUCAGAAUGCACUGGGGGGCGGUCCACUGUCAGGGGGAGGAGCCUGAUAUACUGCAGUGUCCCAGUGUCCCAUGGAACGGAGGGGAGUGUCCCCACGCUGCAGCCGUCACCUGUUCCCCAUUGGAAGGUGGUGUGGUAGCAGUGGUGCCAGUGAGGUUGGUGGGGGGCGUGGCAGCGUGGGAGGGGCGUGUUGAGGUGUUCCACGGGGGCGUGUGGGGAUCCGUCUGCGACGACCAAUGGGAUGAGAGCGACGUGGAGGUCGUCUGUCGACAGCUGGGCCUGGGGGGUGUAGCACGAGCGUGGGGUCAGGCGUAUUUCGGUGCGGGGUCAGGCAGGGUGUGGCUUGAUGAGGUGCGCUGCACGGGGAACGAGCUGACCCUGGAACAGUGUCCUAAAGCUGCCUGGGGAGAACACAACUGUCUCCACUCUGAAGACGCAGGGGUCUCCUGUACCCCUCUCCCUGAUGGUUCCGUGCGGUUGUCUGGGGUUAGUGGGAGCAGCGAGGGCAGACUGGAGGUGUUGUAUAGAGAGCAGUGGGGGACGGUGUGUGACGACGGAUGGACUGACUCUAACACAAAGGUGGUCUGUGGACAGCUGGGGUACAGAUCAGGGGAGUCUCUUCCUCCGGAGGGGUCAGAGGUCGCCUCAGGUGGGCAGUUUCCGGCGAGGUCAGGCCCCAUCCUAUUGGACGAUGUGAGCUGUACGGGGAAGGAGCCAAGCCUAUCACUGUGCAGCAGGAGGGCGUGGCUUAGACAUGACUGUUCCCACAAGGAAGAUGUCAACAUUCGCUUCUACACCUUCAUUGCUCUCCACAACAUCUGA